UCCGCAAUCACACACAGUAUAAUCGCUUUUCUUCAAAGAGGUAUCUGACGUGUGUGGUGUUCCUUUUUGCAGUCAAGUCAGGUGAUUGAUAGGCGGCGGCGUCGUUUUAAUUUUCAAUUGGUCUUCUAAAGCGUUUUGGACGUGGUAGAAAGUGGAAUUAUGAAGCACCAACAGGUUAUUCCGGACUACGCCGCAAUGGUGCAAACCUCCGGCACCAUGCUUUGCCUGGUCUUUUCCGGAUGGGUUCUGUUUCGUCUAGUCCAAGCCGUCUUCUGGCUGCCGGGCUAUCUGGAGAAGACCGGCGGAAGUUUGUACCAAAAGAUGGAACCGAAGAAGCCGCUGGCACCGCAAAAAGCAGCCAGCCUGAGCAAGAAGCCCUCGUCCAAGGCAAAAGAUUCCGACGACGAGACGGAGGAUGUCAUCGAUGACGCAAUAGAGAGCAGCGACGCUGGAACGACGGCGGAAGAGGAAAAGGGAAAAGAGGAUGCGGUCGAGCAGGAAAAGGUUGACGAAGAAGAGGGCGAAGAGGAUACCCUUCCAGCCGGGAGCAAGAAGGAUAACUGAAUUUGAAACGCACGCGUGGUUUACGUUUGUAAAUUGUCUUUCUUUUUUCUUUAUUGAUUUGUUUAUUUACAGUUUAUGAUUUUUUUCUCUCUCUUGUUUAAUUCAGGCUAUGAAACUAGAUUUCACUUGGUUUUCUCUAAACACUCUCAUCAUUUUUUUGUCUGGUCUUUGAUUAUGUUUUUCGCUAAGUAAGAACAACUUGUGGUCAAUCACGAAAGUAACUAAUUCUACACUUAACGCUGAAAUACAAACUAGGCCGCUCCUACCAUCUUCAAACUAGCAAAACUUAAAAAAAGGAAAAUUUGUGACGAAAUCAAAACAGAAAAAAACGAAACAUAACGCUAAAAAAAUGCGAUUCUUGACCUCUCAUGCACUCACAGUACGUGGUCGCGGUGACUUACGAAACUAACGAAAUGUUUGUUUGUGUUGUGAUUGUGACUAAACGAAACUAAAACACAAAAUAAAAGCUAAAAUGUUGGCUAACAUUCGGAAA